AAAGAAAGCCGUUCCCACGCAGAGGUAGCGAUCCGGUCCGACCGGCAGACUCGAUUCCACCUCCGAACCCUAAAUUUCACCCCUCAUUUGUCGAUUCACAAUCCAAAAUCCUCGAUUGGGUCCUGCUUCUGAGGAAUCCAGAUGCUAAUCGCAGGUGCCUCAGAUCCCAUGGCGCCUUCUGUGAGGCGGGGGCUCCUCCUUUUCGUCUUCCUUCUGUCCCACGUUCUCUGCGUUCUCGGAGGGAAGAGCUAUUACGAUGUAUUGCAAGUUUCAAAGGGUGCUUCCGAUGAGCAGAUCAAGAGGGCUUACCGGAAGCUGGCUCUGAAGUACCAUCCGGAUAAGAACCAGGGAAAUGAGGAGGCCAACAAGAGAUUUGCAGAGAUCAACAAUGCAUAUGAAGUGCUCUCGGAUUCGGAGAAGAGGAAUAUAUAUGAUCGGUAUGGAGAAGAGGGCCUUAAGCAGCAUGCUGCUGGCGGUGGAAGAGGCCCAGGGAUGAACAUCCAAGACAUAUUUAAUGAAUUCUUUGGAACUGGUCACCAAGAAGACCAGGAGGAAUCAAUACCGAAAGGUGAUGAUGUAAUCAUUGAAUUGGACGCAACACUAGAAGAUUUAUACAUGGGAGGUUCAUUGAAGGUUUGGAGGGAAAAAAAUGUCAUAAAGCCAGCCCCAGGAAAAAGACGCUGUAACUGCAGAAACGAAGUAUAUCACAGGCAAAUUGCUCCAGGAAUGUUUCAGCAGAUGACAGAGCAAGUUUGUGAGCAAUGCCCAAAUGUGAAGUACGAGCGAGAAGGUUAUUUCAUUACAGUUGAUAUCGAGAAGGGGAUGCAAGAUGGGCAAGAUGUGCUAUUUUAUGAGGAUGGGGAACCUAAAAUCGAUGGAGAAGCUGGAGAUUUGAAGUUUAGAAUUCGAACAGCACCCCAUGAGCGCUUUAGAAGGGAAGGCAAUGAUUUGCAUACUACUGUGACCAUUUCACUGCUUCAAGCACUUGUGGGUUUUGAGAAAACUAUCGAACAUCUUGAUGAGCAUCCGUUGGAAAUAGGCACCAAGGGAAUUACUAAGCCUAAAGAGGUGAGGAAGUUUAAAGGCGAAGGAAUGCCACUGCACCUAAGUACAAAGAGGGGGGAUUUGUACGUCACUUUCGAAGUUUUGUUCCCCAAGUCUCUGACUGAAGACCAGAAGAACAAGAUAAAGUCUGUUCUUUCUUAAAGUCUAACAUUCUUGGCAUGAUAGAAACAUUACAAUACCCUUGUAUCACGAUGAACCCAUCCAAAUGGUUCUUGGAAGGGCUAUCAUUUGUAAUUUUGUUCGGUUCCCUGCUUCUCCUCGACUAUUUUUUCGACAGUGAGACGUAAGCUUAGAGAGGAAGACGAUCAUUUGAAAUGCUAUUUAAUCUCUCUGAUUCCUUGGCAACAAGGUAAACUAUCAAUCGGAUGAAGUGAUAGUUGAUGUAAUCUUCUAUUACUAGCAGGAAAUGAGCUUGGCUUUUUUUUUUUUGCAGCUUUA